CGACGCCUCGGCCUGAGGAGCAGGCAGUGACGCGAUGGAGCGAGCAAGGGAUCGCUUACAUUUGAGACGGACUACAGAACAGCACGUGCCAGAGGUAGAAGUCCAAGUCAAACGCAGAAGGACAGCCUCACUGAGCAACCAAGAGUGUCAGUUGUAUCCAAGGCGUUCUCAGCAACAGCAAGUACCUGUGCUGGAUUUCCAAGCGGAACUGAGACAGGCAUUCUUAGCUGAGACACCAAGAGGUGGUUAAAGGAGUAUUGGAACAACAAGGAAGCUGACUCUGAGCAAAAAUCAGGUCUUAACAAACACGAAAUUUUAACAGUGGACGUUGGAUUUGGUGGAACAGCAAUCAUGACUGUGGGCAAGAGUAGCAAGAUGUUGCAGCACAUUGACUAUAGAAUGAGAUGUAUUCUGCAAGAUGGUCGAAUCUUCAUUGGCACCUUUAAGGCUUUUGACAAGCAUAUGAAUUUGAUCCUCUGUGACUGUGAUGAGUUCAGGAAGAUCAAGCCAAAGAAUGCGAAGCAGCCAGAGCGUGAAGAAAAGCGGGUUUUGGGUUUGGUGUUGCUGCGUGGAGAAAACUUGGUAUCCAUGACUGUAGAAGGGCCACCUCCAAAAGACACUGGCAUUGCUCGGGUACCUCUUGCUGGAGCAGCAGGAGGCCCUGGGGUUGGUAGGGCAGCUGGGAGAGGAGUACCAGCUGGUGUACCAAUUCCCCAGGCACCUGCUGGAUUAGCAGGCCCUGUCCGAGGAGUUGGGGGACCAUCACAGCAGGUAAUGACUCCACAGGGAAGAGGUACUGUAGCAGCUGCUGCUGUUGCUGCUACUGCCAGCAUUGCUGGAGCACCAACACAGUACCCACCAGGACGGGGGACUCCACCCCCACCUGUAGGCAGAGCAACCCCACCUCCAGGUAUUAUGGCUCCUCCACCUGGUAUGAGACCACCCAUGGGCCCACCAAUUGGGCUACCUCCUGCUCGAGGGACACCAAUAGGCAUGCCUCCUCCAGGAAUGAGGCCACCUCCACCAGGAAUUAGAGGUCCACCUCCCCCAGGAAUGCGUCCACCAAGACCCUAGGAUACUGUUGAUCCAUCUCAGUCACUUUUUUCCCUGCAAUGUGUCUUGUGAAAUUGUGUAGUGUUUGUGAGCUUUUUGUCCCUGUUUUCUGCAUUAAUAAUAGCUAAAAAUAAAUGCAUAGAGCAAUUAAACUGUGA